AUGGCUGCAUUCCGAAAUCCGCGUCGAGACUCAUCGCGACGCGAUCCAUUCGCACUGCAUCAACAAGUCGAGCCUUCAUUUGCUCCCAAGCUCGAUCAUAUGCCACUCAAAAGUCAGCCAUUUCAACAGGCGGCGAACAGCCCAUCCUUCAUCGAACGCGUCGGUCGUCAGGUCGAACUCGAAACCGUUAAACGACUCCAAAUCCUGGAAAAGGUCGAUGCCGGCGUAGUCUCCCACGACGAACUCACCAAUCUGGCUGAUAUAGCGGACCUUGGCCGGAUCAAGGCCAUCAUGGAUAACCCAGGGGGUAAACAGCCUGGCUUUGCCCUUUUUCGAGCGCGGCACACAGUGAAGGCAUGGAGCGAAGCCGUCGCUCUGGAUUUUGACCAAGAAGAUAGUGUCAAGCCAACAAUGAAAAAGAGCUACAAACGGUUGGUUCAAACAGCUUUGGAAGAGUGGGGGAAAGAUCCUCCUAAACCAGGGGAGAGCCUUCGAGAUUUCAAAGCUUGGAGCAGCAAAAAAAUAGAUGCUCUUUGGGCAAGCGAAGGGAGAUCCGGUAAACGUGAGAUAGAUUUGCAGGGAAUGAUCGUGGCGGCCAUUCUCGCUGUACCAUGUACUGCUGCUAUUGUGGCUCUUUCAGAUUGGAUGGGCAUUCCACUCGACUCAUCCAAAGUCCAGCCAGUGAUCAAGGAUACGAAGCCAAAGGCUUACGAUCCACCGGAAGCGUAA